AAAAGAUCGCUUCUUUUCUUUUAGCAUCCAAAAAUUAAAAAAAUGGGUUUAGCAUCGGCUAACACAGCAAGUGAAGGGAUGCAAUUAUGCAUUUUUGAUUUAAAAAGAGGCCAAUUUGAAGGUCAAGAACUGGACAAGAUUCUAUUUUUCUUUCCUGCAGAUUUGCCCUUCUCCGCCCAACUUUCUGUUAUAGGUCUAAGUGAAGGACUUAUCACAUUUACAAGAAUUUUCUCUCCUGAAGCAGCUUGUGAGGUCAUUGAAGCUGAGAGGCAUUCCCAUGUUUUUUAUGAGGCUGAACCUGAUAUUUGGAUGGUCAUGGUAGUGGAGAAAAGUAAGGGGCUAGAAGUUAUAUGGAGGAUAGAUGCAUUAAGAGAGGUGCUCAAGGAAGUUCAUUCUCUUUUUAUGAUGUUCAAUGGGUCUAUAAGAGCAAUGCUUGAGAAAGAACCAAGCGGGGGACUAACUCGAUCUCAUUUAUACCCUUUCAUAAUGGAUUAUCUAAGCGCAUGUCAAAUUUGGUCUUCAUUGGAACACUGCUGCUGGGAUUUUCUUGGUGGGAAGAAACUUCAAUUACCCUCAUUUCGCGACUGUUUAACAGAGCGUAGAACUGUACAGAUGUUGACUGUUGGGAGGGAAGCUGCUAUAGAAGUUCAGUCACUUGUCAGGGUACUGGAAUCUUGUGCUGGGACCACAUCCUGCUAUUCACUAAUUUUCCUCCAGGAUCUGCUUGUCUCUACAACAGUUUCUCCUGAUGAUACGAUAAAUUUGUUUACUUAUACAGUUUUAAGAUUGACUCCUCGUGCUUUAUCCUCCGGAACAAGUUCCUGGUCCUACUUACGUAAGGGAAAUGCUGCACCUCAUGUUGCCGGUGGGUCCAUCCCAGCUAAUUCAGUGUCUGCAUCAGAAAAUUUUGUUCAGUCGCACAAUAACUCUGCUGGCCAAGGUGAUUGUUAUCCAGUUAGAAGACCGUUGCAGCCUGACAGGUGGGCUAGAGGGAAGGAUGGUUUUCUUGUCACUGAUAUUUGGGGUACAGAGGUCGGUAGCUUGACUUCAGCCACCCCAACAAUAUGGCUUCGGCAAACUGAGGAAAGAAUGUAUCUUUGUGCUUAUCAGUAUAAAGGUCUGACCUUAAUUCUUUUGAUUCCUGUUUCCUCGAUUCUUGACGGAGAACAAGGUGUUACCCUGGUGAAACAGCAAGUUAUUGAAAAUGCAUCUCUUAAGAUGAUAAAAGUUGAAGAGAAACUGUCAAAAGGAUGGGGUGGCGAGAAUGCUUAUCACGUCGGUGGGUAUCGUUACUUGCUUGUUGACGAUGAUCGAAAUGUAUCUAGGGCCUCUCCACCUGUAAAGGUUACAACCCUUACUAAGGAUUCUUUACUUGCGAUGAAUAAGCUUAGAGAAGAAGUAGAUGCGGAAAAGAGUAGAGCAAAACAGAAUACUGUAGAUCAACAAAAGGAAUUGGAAAUAUCGAUCAGAGGUAGAAAUAAUGCAUGGGUUAUAGCUCGUACUACUAGAGGGAAGGAGCUUUACAUGGUAUUAGAAAAGGCCAAUGAGACACUUCUUUACGCAUCUGAUGCUGUUGAAAAGUUUAGCAACAGGUACUGUGGUGGCAGUUUCUCGUUGGAUUAAAGGGAAUGCACAUCGUUCUCGUAGAUAUGUGUAUAAAUAAUCAGUCUUUUGCUGCUCCAUUCUUUUUUUCUGAGAGGCAUCAUUCAGUUGAGUUUUUGUAACACUAAGGUUCAACAUGGAAAAGUGGCUGGUUAUGUAAUAAUUCUCCCUUCACCUGUAUCUACAAUUUUAAGAGAUCGGAGAAAAGACAUGGGAAGCGCGAAGCGGUAUACUAAUAGUGUUUGUUACGUAAUCUGUCUCUGAAUAGUGAAUAAGCGCUUAAUUUUAAUUUCAGAAACUGUAAUUCUGAAGAAAUAUUUCAUCUCUUUUACCAUUUGGGAUUACAAGUAAGGUAUGUGCAAAAGCAAAACUGAAUGAAUUGAAACUACAAAUUCGGUUUGAUAUUAUAAAGAGUUUGCUUUUCCGUUU